AUGGAACAAGCUAGUGAAAAUUCAAGAUUGACUUGGAGAUUGGAUGUAGUAAAAACAUUUUUAGAAACUUGUAUUCAAGAAGUGUCAUUGAAUGGGAGACAAGGAAGUAGUUUGAAGCCAGAUUCAUGGAACAAGGUUAAGGUUGUUCUGCAAACUUCUCAUGACUUUAUAGUCACACAAAAGAAGAUGAAGAACCAUUAUGAUUAUCUAAAAGAAAAAUAUCAAGCUUGGUUGCCAAUAAGUAAAAAGACUGGUAAUAUUUAUGAUCCAGCAACCAAUACCAUUCGAAUGUCUAACGAGGAGUGGGAUGAGUACAUAAAGGCUCAUCCAAAAGCCAAGACAUUGAGGAGUGCAUCUCUACCCUUUCCGGAACUUUGUACAACAUUAUUUGAGGGUUCUACUGCAACAGGCAUUCAUGGUUGGAGUCCAAGUUGUACAACUCCGCGGCCCUGUGCCUCUUCUGUAGCUACUAAUAUAGACAUAGAUUCACUUGAUGACAUUGAGGAUCUACUUGGUGACAAAAAUGAUGGAGCUUCUAAAGAUUUUUCCAUCUCAAUCUUCAAUUCCAACUGA